AUGAUUUAUUACGGCUUUUAUUGCGCUCCUCUACUACAGGCAAUAUAUCUUGGCAUGAUAUCUCUGUUUGGCGGAGCAACAAUAGUGGUUGCUGUGGCUAGUCACUUCCGAUCACCAGAGUUUAGAUGGUUUAGGACCGGGUUAUUUAUAGCCAUGGGAUUAAGUGCUGUGUUUCCUAUAGCUCAUGCGCUGAUAAUAUAUGGGUGGCGCUUAUGCUUCGACGUUAUAUCAUUGAAUCAUAUGCUGUUGAUGGGCGGCAUGUAUAUAGCAGGAGCUCUUAUUUAUGGAGCGAGAGUACCCGAGAGAUGGUUUCCAGGUACAUUCGACAUAUGGGGAUCGUCUCAUCAAAUAUUUCAUAUUUUUGUGGUUGGAGCAGCAUUGGUUCAUUAUUAUGGGGUAACAAAGACUAUGGCCUAUUGGCAUGCACAGAAUCACUCGUGCCAAAAAGAAAUUGAAUUGAUGGCCACUGGGGUUAAAUACGAGAAAGCAUCUGUGCAUCUGUGCAUGGUAAUAUUGAAUGUUAGAAUUAAUAUCCUAAUAUCUCACCCAACCAAUAAAAUCCAGUACCCAGUUACUAGUUUCUAUUCCAGUCAGAAACAUGAUACAUAG